GAACCCCCUUGUCCUUCCAAAGGGCAACGGCGAUUCCUGGCCUCCCUGCUGACACCCUGACUCCCUGCCUUGGGGCUUGAUGUGGAGGGAGAAUAGUGGGCAAUGUCUGCAGGUCUUACAACAGGACGCCUUGCUCCUUCAGUGGCUGGUGGCGGUGCAAACACCCACGCAGGGACCAGCACUCCAUGGAACUCCCAUCUGGCUGGUUCCUGAUACCCAGCAAGGCCACGUAUGUCGUUCCGCUCUUCUCUUCAUAGCUGAAGGAAAAUGAUGGAGGAGAGUGGAAUAGAAACAACGCCACCUGGCACGCCCCCACCAAGUACAGCAGGGGCUGCUGCUGCUAUACCUGUCUCAUUAGCUUUGUCCAGUCCCCUUGCUACACCAAGCAUGUCAUCUUCUCCAGCAUGCUCCUCACCCUUGCCAGCUGGAGUGUCUUCACUUCCUUCACCUAUGACUUCAACUUCUCUUCCUCUUGUGCCUUCUACAAUGGUUUCUACUAUUGCACCACCUCUAACUCCUGCCCCGCCUCCUGUUGCUCCUUUAUCUUUUAGUACCCCUAUGUCCCAGUUCUCUACACCUCCUCCAUUAAGCUCUAGUACUGGUCCUGGUCUUCCUCCACCUCCCACUGGUCCCCCGGUUUCAGGAUUUUCUGUGUCUGCAACCUAUGACAUUACAAGAGGUCAUGCUGGUCGAGCACCACAAAGCCCACUGAUGCCAUCAUUUUCUGCACCUCCAGUCACAGGUGUUUUGGCAGAUCCUAUUACUCAACAAGCAACUUUCUCAUCACCUUUGGCUCCUGGAACUGGUUCUGCAAUCACUUUUCCCGAGGAGCAUGAAGACCCCAGGGUGUCUACUGCCCCAAGUGGAACACCUGCUGGAGGACUAUGGGGUUUUAUAAAGGGUGUAGCUGAGAAUCCCAUGGUGAAGUCUGUUCUUGAUAAAACCAAACAUUCAGUGGAGACCAUGAUCACAACACUGGAUCCUGGAAUGGUUCCAUAUAUCAAAACAGGGGGAGAACUGGAUAUAGUGGUUACUUCUAACAAAGAGGUAAAAGUUGCAGCAAUUCGAGAUGCCUUUCAAGAAGUCUUUGGAAUGGCGGUUGUUACUGGAGAGGCUGCACAGUCUAACAUCGCACCCCAACCUGUGGGUUAUGCCGCAGGUUUAAAAGGAGCCCAAGAAAGGAUAGACAGCUUGCGUCGGACAGGAGUAAUACAUGAAAAACAGCCUGCUGUAUCAGUAGAAAACUUCAUUGAGGAAUUGCUUCCUGACAAGUGGUUUGACAUUGGAUGUCUGAUUAUUGAGGAUCCAAUUCAUGGAAUUCAUCUGGAAGCUUUUACCCAAGCAACACCAGUGCCUUUGCAAUACGUCCAGCAGGCUAAGAGUCUGACUCCUCAGGACUACAAUCUAAGAUGGUCAGGCCUGUUGGUGACCGUGGGUGAAGUGCUGGAGAAGAGUUUACUGAACGUCAACAGGACUGAUUGGCACGUGGUGUUCACUGGCAUGUCCCGUCGACAGAUGAUCUACAGUGCAGCUAAGGCUCUAGCAGGAAUGUACAAGCAGCACUUACCACCCAGGACCGUUUGAAAGAAGGCUGGUCCAUCACACUAAGGAAUGCUGGUUUUGAUUCUAGAAUUGAAGCAAAAGCUACAUGUUGUAAUUCUCAGUGGAUACAACACAGAUUUGUAAUCUAACUGUAAACUGUGGUUUACUUUUUAAGAAGUGAAGAUAAUAUCUGAUAGUGGAAAUCAGCAAUUGCAAUUUUUAAAUACUAUAUGAUUUCCAAUAUGAUUCACAAAAAAGGAUAUCAGAACAAACAUACAUUUUGGGGAUAUAUGGCACAAAUAGCAUUACAGUUUGUAAAGUGGAAUGUGCUAUUAUUUGACACUUUACCAGGCAUUUGCUGAGAUACUUUUGUUAGUAUGCAUUUUUAAAGAAGGAGUUUAUUGUGUAGCUAUUUCUAUUAUAUUAGUUAUAUAAACAUGUUGACAGUGUAACAUGUAUGUUAUAUAUACAUUUCAAUCCAGAGAGACUACCUUCUGUGUUAGAUGUUUUUUUGGGGCCUGUACUGAGGUGGCAUUAGACAACUCAUAGGUUUGGUGUCUGCAUAGAAGUUCUCAGAGGUGAUGCUGAGUAAUUUUUACCAUACAUAACAGUGAGCUGCUAAAGAAGAGCACAAAUCCAUGCCCCAUUAGUUGAAGUAAUUGCUAGAUAAUUUUGAAAUCUCAGUUUCCAUGCUGCAUAUUUUUUCUUUUUAUGUAACAGUAAUGAAAUUCAUGUCCCAUUAAAACACUAGACAAAUUUCAAGUUGCUUCAGUGGGUUUUAGAUCAAGGACCACAUAUGCAUGAAAUUGUCAGUAGUUUCAACAACAUAAUUUACUCAGUGCUUCCAAACGUCAUCUCUUAUAUGGAAUUAUGUAAUGUCUUCUACCAAGUCAUGGUUGCUAGCAAUUUUAUAUAGAAAAUUGUGAGAUACUUACCACUUGCUUUGCUAUUCUGGGUUUUAUAAACAUUUUUAUGUCUUAAUGCCUUCUUAAUGUCAUGAGCUCACUGUUUCUCGUAUAAGUCUUCAGUGGUGUCUGAUUUUUUUCCUGGCUAUAAAUGCCCUCUGUCCAUGCUCACACAAUCUUAAAUCUUUAUUUACAAAUAUGGAAGUAAUUGUGAAGGAAAUAUUUUGGUAAUAAUAGUUUUUUUAAGAAAUUGAAGAAUAAAUACUUUUUGUUUGCCUUAAAGAAGCAGUUUUUCAGCUUGUAUCACUCUGCCUUUACUUUUCCUAAAUGCUUUCAGAGAACCUUUUUGUAUACAAUCUACUGUUAAGCCAGCUCAUAUUGUACUCAGUGAAAGCCAGUCUAUUUCCAAAUAAUAUAUUUUGCCUUAAUUGGCUUACUCUGUACGUUAGUUGAAUAAAUGUUUUUUUUCCUA